AUGCCGCGCAUCAUCUCCGCCGACGAAUUGACCGGACUGAUCGCGAAAGGCGGCGUGGUGCUGCUGGACGCGUCAUGGGUGAUGUGCCCGAAGGGGGAUGCGGCCGAAUGGCACAAGAAUCAAACCCGCUUCGACUUCUACACGCCCGAGCAAUUCCAGGCGCUACUCCGCUACCUCGGCGUCAAUCAAGGCGACACGCUGGUGACGUACGCGCGUGGUCCGAUGGCCGGGAUGUCGUUCGCGGCGCGGGCGGCCUUCGUUUUGGAGCUAUACGGCCUCGCCCCGCUGGUGCUCAACGGCGGGCUGACCGCGUGGAAGGGCGACGUCGAAUCGGCCAAAUGGACAGCACCCCCGCCCGGCAACAUCACCAUCAACACGUUCCAACCCGAGGGCCGGCUCGCCACUUUUGAUGAGCUCUACAAGGGCCACGACCAGGGCAACAGUACCUUCGACAAUUUGGACAAGAUCAACUACCUGGAUUGCCGGCCGAAAGAGAUGUUCGACGAGGGCAAGGGCGCAAUCCUGGGACCGAAAUCAACCGGCUACCAUCUGAAGGGGGCCUCGCACUUUGGGAACGGGCGCAUAUGUGGAGAUCAAGGGCUCGUCGACGACCAGCAGAUUAAGCAAGUGACCAGCGGGCUGAAGCCGGGCGUGGAGACGGUGACGGCGUGCAACACCGGGCUCGGCGCCUCGUUGGCCUGGCUGGCCCUUCGACACGUCGGCAUCCCGGCAAAGAUGUUUAAUGGCAGCAUGACGGAGAUUGCGGCGCGCGACUCUUCGCUCAUCAACGAGAAA